AUGCAGUAUCUGAUUAGAACCCUGAAGAAGCUAAAGUGCGAGAGCGACUUGGCCGUCCAGAUAGACAAGUACCUUCUCUCGCUCUCAGAUCUUCUGUUCCUGAGAAUAAGUUUCUCUCUCUUCGCGAAACAUGGUCCUUAACUAUUAUCUAUCGUCUCUGCCUGCCUGUGCUUGGAAUCCAGCUCGGGGACUGUGAACAGCAACAUGGAGGUGAUCUUCUACACUAGAGAGAGAGAGAGAGAGAGAGAGAGAGAGAGAGAGAGAGAGAGAGAGAGAGAGAGAGAGAGAGAAGCAUGCAAGUUCCAUCUAACCAUCACGACCCUUUGAACCCUAAUUACUUCUCCGAAUUUCAAUACCGCAGGAGCUCCAGCAGGAGAUCAACAGCUUCCAGCACCAACUACAGCUUGCAGAAGAGCGCCUACGGUAACUCUUUCCCUCUGUGAACACGGUUGGAGCGCUAAAUUCUUCAGCUGACAAACCUUGGGCUCUCUGACCAGUUUCUUCGAGCCGGAACACCUGAGCAUGUCCUCCCCGAGCGACUUGGAGGCAAGCGAGAGGUUCGUCCUCGACGCCCUCGCACGUGUGACACAGAGAAAGGUAGCCUCACGUGGACAUCAUGCAUGGGUUCCUUUUACUUCCCCAUGCGACGUUGACUUUACCUUCUCCGUGGCAGAAAUCCUUGAUGGGUGGUGGCAAUCUCCUGCCGUACGAUGACUCCACUCUCCAGGCGAGUCCCCCGAAAUUAUUUAACCUCUAGUCGCGUCAUUAAGGGCCUGAUAUCGGUUAAUAAACUCGUCGGAGGCACGUGCGCAGAUGCUCCUCGACUCCCAGGAGGGUGUUUUUCCUGCCACGUACGAGAGCGAGGUGGCGAGCUGGGUCGCCGAUGGCGACCACCACCCCGGGCAGAUGUUCGUGUCAACAUCUGAGCCCUUUAUGUCCUUGAGGUGAGGCUGCGGUUUCGUUGAGUCAACUGUUCGGACGGCUGACAUUUGACUCCUAUGAGGGCUGUAGGGAGUCCGCGUUGUACGACUCUCUUCAGAAGGGCACGGGCGGGCUCCACGUGGAACCCUCGUACCACCUUGGCGACUGCCAGCUCAGCGAACAAGGUGACGGGGUUCUCCCACCAUGGCACCAGGCGUACACGUCGACCGAGCUUCUCUCUUCUCUCCUCCCCCCAACGCCCUUCCUGCCUCUGCUGCAGGUUUGUCCUAGUUGA